AUGGUUCUUUCUCUCAAUAGAUGUGAUGCAGACCCCUCAGCCUUAGCCAACUAUGUUGUGGCAUUAGUCAAGAAAGACAAACCAGAGAAAGAGCUGAAAGCUUUCUGUGCUGAUCAGCUGGAUGUCUUUCUGCAAAAAGAAACUUCAGGUUUUGUAGAUAAACUUUUUGAAAGUCUGUACACAAAGAGUUACCUUCCUUCUCUUGAACCCACGAAAGUAGAAGCGAAGCCUGCAGGUCAGGAAAAAGAAGAAGUCAAGGAGGAGAAUUUUCAAGAAUCAGUUGAAGAAGAGCGGGAUGGAAGGAAAAAGAAGUAUUCCAGUCCGCAGAGAAGCCGUACAGAUUCCAGUGAGCAAAGAACCAGAGAGAAAAAGAGAGAUGAUGGAAAAUGGAGGGACUAUGACAGAUACUACGACAGGAGUGACUUGUACAGAGAGAAGUCUGGCUGGCGCCGUGGCAGGAGUAAAAGUCGUAGUAAAAGCAGAGGGUUAAGUCGAAGUCGUAGCCGCAGUAGGGGUAGAAGUAAAGACCGUGAUGCUAGCAGAAGCGUUGAGCACCGAGAGAGAUCAAAAUUCAAGAGUGAAAGAAAUGAUGUUGAAGGCUCUUAUAAUCCGGUUUCUGUGUCUCCCAGUAAAUCCACUGAACAGUAUUCCUCUGCACAAUCUAUUCCCAGUGCUGUUACUGUAAUUGCACCUGCGCACCAUCUUGAAAACACAACAGAGAGCUGGUCAAAUUACUAUAACAAUCAUAGCAAUCCCAGUUCAUUUGGCAGAAACCCUCCUCCUAAAAGAAGAUGUCGAGACUAUGAUGAGCGAGGAUUUUGUGUACUUGGUGAUCUUUGCCAAUUUGAUCAUGGAAAUGAUCCUUUAGUAGUAGAUGAAGUUUCCUUGCCAAGUAUGAUUCCUUUUCCUCCACCACCUCCGGGACUUCCUCCUCCUCCUGGUAUGCUUCUGCCCCCUUUGCCAGGUCCAGCUCGUAAUAUGAGGUUGCCAGUUCCACAAGCUCAUCCACAGGCACCACCUCCUGUUGUGCUUCCCGUACCAAGACCACCUUUAACACAGUCAAGUUUGAUAAAUAAUCGUGACCAGCCUGGGACAAGUGCAGUGCCCAGUCUUGCACCCGUAGGAGCAAGACUACCUCCUCCUUUACCCCAGAACCUACUGUAUACAGUAUCAGAACAUACAUAUGAGCCAGAUGGCUAUAACCCUGAAGCUCCUAGUAUUACCAGUGCUGGUAGAUCUCAGUAUCGACAGUUCUUUACAAGAGCACAAACGCAGCGUCCAAAUCUAAUUGGCCUAACAUCUGGGGAGAUGGAUACAAAUCCAAGAGCUGCCAAUAUUAUCAUCCAGACUGAACCUCCCAUUCCCAUUACAAAUAAUAGCAGCAAUGUAACUAGAGUUGUCCUUGAACCAGACAGCAGGAAAAGAUCUCCAAGUAGCAUGGAAUGUCCACCAUUAAAGAAACCGUGGCUGGGAAAGCAAGCAAAUAACAACCAGAAUAAGCCAGGAUUUUUGAAAAAGAAUCAGUAUACUAACACAAAAUUAGAAGUUCGAAAAAUUCCACCAGAAUUGAACAAUAUUACACAGCUCAAUGAACAUUUCAGCAAAUUUGGAACUAUUGUAAACAUUCAGGUUGCUUUCCAGAAUGAUCCUGAAGCUGCUCUAAUUCAGUACUUAACUAACGACGAGGCUAGGAAGGCAAUUUCCAGCACAGAGGCAGUUCUGAACAAUCGGUUUAUAAGGGUACUGUGGCACAGAGAAAGUGAACAGCAGCCCCCAUUGCUGCAGCAACAACAGCAGCAGACACCCACGCAGUCUCUUCAUCACCAACUUCACCUUCAGCAGCAAGCCCUGACCACAACUCCAGCUGUAACAAUGCAUAGCAAUCUGUCAAAGGUCAUGAAUAAACCACUGGCAUCUGGUGCCUAUGUCCUUAAUAAAGUCCCAGUGAAACGUCGCCUUGGAGCAGCAGGUGGAAACCAGCCUGACUUAAGCCAGUCUGGGGCUGUGGUAGAGGAUUCUCAGACUUUUCCUACUUCUACAAGCCACUCAAAAAUGGUUUACAGUUCUUCAAACUUAAAGACAUGUAUGAAGCCUGGUGCAGGGUCUAAACCUCACGAUGUGCAAGAAGCCCUUAAAAAAAAACAGGAAGCAAUGAAACUCCAGCAAGACAUGAGGAAAAAGAAGCAGGAGAUGUUAGAAAAACAAAUAGAAUGCCAGAAGAUGUUGAUAUCCAAGCUGGAGAAAAACAAAGCCAUGAAACCAGAAGAGAGAGCAGAAAUAAUGAAGACCUUAAAAGAACUAGCAGGAAAAAUAUCUCAGUUAAAGGAUGAAUUAAAAACUUCAUCUACAACCUCUACACCAUCAAAAUUAAAGUCCAAGACAGAGGCACAAAAGGAACUUUUAGAUGCAGAGCUGGACUUUCAUAAGAGACUCUCUUCUGGAGAAGACACAACUGAAUUGCGAAAAAAGCUAAAUCAGUUACAAGUAGAGGCUGCCCGUUUAGGCAUUUUGCCUGUUGGUCGAGGAAAGACAGUGCCAGCCCAAGGAAGAGGACGAGGGCGGGGUCGUGGUGGGAGAGGAAGGGGCAUGUUGAAUCAUAUGGUGGUGGAUCAUCGUCCCAAAGCACUGACAGUUGGAGGCUUCAUUGAAGAGGAAAAAGAUGAAUUGUUACAGCACUUCUCUAAAUUUGGAGAUAUUGAAGACCUUCAGGAAGAGGAUUCCCCAUUGAGUGUUGUUCUAACUUUUAAAUCUCGCUCAGAAGCUGAGAAUGCUGCUAACCAAGGAUCCCGAUUCAAAGACCGAAGGCUACAGAUAUCAUGGUACAAACCUAAGGUACCUUCUGUGUCCACAGAAAUUGAGGAAGAGGAGUCUAAGGAAGAGGAGACUGAAACCUCAGAUUUAUUUUUGCACGAAGAUGAUGAUGAUGAUGAUGAAGAUGAGGAUGAAUCCCGUUCUUGGAGAAGAUGAAACUUGAUGUUGGAAAUGUAUAAUUUUAGGAAUAUAGUUCAAGCUACAUCUUUUAAACAUUUAUUUAAGGAAGUUGAUGAGCCAAAAAAAGCUUUACUUUCUUUUCAAACCACAAGAUUUAAAGUGAGCAAAGUUUGUUAUAAAAACAUUUCGGAUAUAGAGCUGUGAUACUAAGCUAGCCAAAGGCCCAGUAACUUUUUACAUAAUUAUCGAGCUCACCAGGGUGGUGAUUUUUUUUCUAUUUAAGAAGGAUAAAAAGAGAGAGGGAAAAAAAUAUUAGUAUUUUCUUGUCCUCUUUUUGUGUCACCUGUAUUACCUUGUUUUGGGUUUUUUUAUAAUGUGAUUGAUUCGUUAGUUUAUAAUUGAAAAGAUAUUACAGGUUUUAUUUAGCAAUAUUAUGGGGUUAGGGGAAAGACGUAAACUUUCAUUAAAUGUUACGA